GUGACAUCAUAAGACCUCCCUAGAACAGAUUUUCUCCUCCACCUACUCCAACCCUUCACAUAAACCUGGUAACAGUCAGAAAACCUCCCAGCUAAACACCCAUAAGACUUCACACAAGUUGAUACUCUUUAUUGUGAUGACCACAGAAACCAAGGCUACCUAAAAGGAGACGGUUACCUCAGAUUGGCUGCCAGCUUUUUAUCUUUCUCUUGACCGCUUAAAACUUGACUUCCUGACUCCUGGCAUCAUGGAGAAAGUCCAAUACCUCACUCGCUCUGCUAUAAGAAGAGCCUCAACUAUUGAAAUGCCUCAACAAGCACGUCAAAAUCUCCAGAACCUGUUUAUCAAUUUCUGUCUCAUCUUAAUAUGUCUCUUGCUGAUUUGCAUCAUCGUGAUGCUUCUCUGAAGUUCUGCAGCAAACUCCAGAUCCGCAACUUACUACAUUGGUUUAAAAUGUCAUCCCAUGAACAGGGGAAAACAAUAGAGCCCACUUCCCAAAUAGAAGAAUUUCUUUAUGAAAAGGUCAAGAUUAAAACAAAUUGUUAGUAAAUGUAUUUGCUAGAUCUUGUAAACAUGAAAAGGGCUUCAUUUUCAAAACUGACUAUACAUGUGUAUAAUGUAACUGUUGAUUUCCUCAAAAUGGCUUAUAAAUUUCUUUCCUAAAUCUUU